CUAGCAAGCAUUUCUGAUCUACUUAGGUGAAGGAGACGGAAUGAACAUGUCAAGCUCACCAGCAUGGUAACUACCUAAAGUCAAUUUUUUUACUAGCCAGCUAACGUUAAACUCACAAUUUACUAGUAAUAAUAUAUUUUUUACCCCAAUCAUGAGUGAAGAGGAGAGUAACACGUCAGCGGGUUACAACAAUAAGGACUCGAGCAUUAUCCUCACCAAAGACGGACAGACGUACUACGUUGACAAGAGCGGUGUUGUCGACAGUAGAAAUGUAGUCACACGUCAAGAGUCGGACCAUAACAUGUUCUCCUACGAUAUGGGUGGUACCGAAGAGGAGAGCGAUGUUUUGGACACGUCGGACCCGCGGGAUAACGCUGCGAGUCCCGAAGAACUCAACGACGACGACGAUGAUGAAGAAGGCUACGGGGAUAGCGAUAACAUUUCAAAGACUUGUACAUACGACGGGUGCACGGAAACUACGACCCAAGUAGCCAAGCAGCGGAAGCCGUGGAUGUGUAAAAAACACCGCAACAAGAUGUACAAAGACAAAUACAAGAGGAAGAAGAGCGACCAGGCGAUGUCCACUAGCAAACCAGAUGAGAGCUUGGAGGAGAGGCCUGUAUCUGUGAACAAGCAGCGUCUUGGUAGUGGGGACCGGCCGGCCAGACCCUCCCUCAUCGAACAGGUGCUCAACCAGAAGAGACUGUCUCUGCUGAGGAGUCCUGAGGUGAUCAUGUUUUUACAGCAGCAGCAGCGUCUCCUGGCCACCCAGAGCCUCAGCCAAUCACAGCCUCACUUCCAGGGCUGCUAACGGCAACAGCGGGAGGAGCCAGCUUCUCUGGGUGUUCUGGAACUAUUUCCCUGAUUCCAUCUAUGAUUCUGACAGGAGAAGGACCAUAGAGAUCCUAUUCAAUUCCUAAUUCUGUGAGAAGGAUUGACUCAUUAGAAAUAGAAUACUAGAAUGGACCUUCUUAUGAUGAGAUACAGAUCAGCCAUGUUGGUCAGUGAGUGUUGUGAUAAGAUGUUGUGUAAAACAAUGACUUUGAAGAAUGUAUCUGCACUGUAUGUUUGUUAGCCAGCAUGUUUUACAUUUACAUUUAAGUCAUUUGGCAGACGCUCUUAUCCAGAGCGACUUUUAGAGGAAUGAUUAAAUACAUGUUUUUAAUGAACUACCCAAAAUGCCCAACAUUAUAUUCAAACAAUGCAGUCAAUCUACAGCCAGACACUUUCUGAAAUCAGUCCAUGAUAGGAUUUAGACAAGUUGUAAAUGCAACAAGUACUGAAAUUCAUUCACAACCUUCCAAUAUAUAUUUUUUGUGACAUUUAUGGUCUGUUGAAAUAUAUUUUAGAGGUUGUUUUAUACAGAACAUGUGUAUACAAACAUCAGUAUAAACUGUAUUUAUAACUAUAUGACAAUAGUUGAUGUUGAUUCAAUUACACAACUUGUGAUAUAUCACAUCUUUUAUUUUCCUACAUAAGUAAAAAAUCAGGAAAUGUGUCACCUAUGCCUCUACUGCUAUUCAUUCCAAUUAGACUGGUUUUGUAUUUGUCCCUGACCAAAAUGGCUGUCAUUUCAUUCUAUUCUGGAACCUUGAGGGACUAUGACAUAGCCCCUCUAGUAAUUGAAUAGGAUCUCCGUGGUCCUUAGAAACUGUACUAUUAUCAUCAAUGACCGAGCUUCCAUGAUCAAUCAAUAAAUAAUUUAUACCAUACAUGAACCUGUUAGUGCCAACAACAUGAACAUGUUUCACUCUUAUCAGCUAAAAACACACGUCUGUGUUUUAUUUUGUAUUGUCAUCUAUGUUCUCGUGUUGUUAGCUAUUAAGUUAUUUCAAGAGGACCGGCCUUGGCUUCUUGCUCAAAUCUAUUACAUUUUAAAACCAGACCCAACAUAUACUAAAAGUCAAUGAUAUAAUUUGAUUAACUUCUGCUGAUAACUUGGCAGCAAAUACUAGUGUGGUUGCUAAAAUGGCUAAUUUAUCAAGUCUGAAUUCACUAUCAGUUUGUUUUUUUACGUGACAAUCAUGCUUCUUGGCGUGCGGU